CUAUCGAUUUAACUCUCAACAUUAAUUGGAAUAAAUACAAGGAUGGUAUUUUGAGGCGAAUGGAAGCAGCAGAAGAAUUAGCCCCUCAGGAGGAAUACAGGUUCCUCGUAUCAUCUAUUCGUGAGAGUGCAAUUGAAGCGCAAAAUACAACACCUCUUCGCUCUUCAAAAAGACUGCCUUCUGCGCCUUGGUGGGAUAGGGAGUGCACCGACUUCUACAGAUUAAAAACUGAGGCCUUCAGAACAUUCCGCAAACAUGGCUCUAUUAUUGACUUAAACCGAUACCAAGCAUUAGAACUCCGGCUUAAACGUAUUUGUGCCAACAAGAAACUUGGUUACUGGAGGCGCUUUGUGGAAGGUUUAUCGAAAGAUACGGCCAUGACUACGCUUUGGAAUACUGCUAGAAGGUUGCGAAACCACGUACCACCGAACGAGGACGUCGAACAUUCCGAGAGGAAUGGCGUCAGGUACGAGUAAUCGCAGUUCAGAAACACGGGAAACCAGCUGUGGAUCCUAACUCUUUUAGACCAAUAGCUAUGCUUUCCUGCUUGAGGAAGCUCUUCGAAAAAAUGAUACUAAAUCGUUUGGAUGGAUGGGCAGAGAGCAGACAACUACUUUCAACCACUCAAUUCGGUUUCCGCAGGGGUAGAGGAACAAUGGAUUGUCUUGGACUACUAUCAUCUCAGGCUCAAAUUGCAUUCGAAAGUAAACAAGAGAUGGCCUCAGUCUUUUUGGACAUCAAAGGUGCCUUUGACAAUGUUUCUCUGGUUGUGCUUUCUAACAAGCUGCAUCAGAAAGGUUUUUCACCCAUGCUCAACAACUUCCUCUCCAAUCUACUGUGGGAAAAGCAUAUGCACUUCAACUAUGGCUCGACUACGAUACAACGGGUCAGCUUUAUGGGCAUCCCUCAAGGAUCAUGUCUGAGCCCCAUCCUAUACAACAUCUACGUAAGCGACAUCGACGAUUGUCUCAAAGGUUCAUGUAGGUUAUUGCAGCUGGCAGACGAUGCCGUGGUUUCAAUCACUGGAUCCAACAACCUACAAAUUCCACUGCAGAAUACAUUAGACAGCUUAACCACUUGGGCGAACCAAUUAGGCACUGAAUUCUCACCGGAAAAAACGAGGCUUCUAGUGUUUUCUAGAAAACACAAUCCAUCAUCGUUGGAUUUGACACUCAUGGGGAAAAGGGUCUCACAAGUUCUUUGUCACAAAUACUUGGGGGUUUUCUUUGAUUCAAAAUGUAAAUGGAAACGUCAGAUUGAAUAUUUGAAGCAAAAGUGCCAACCCAGGAUUAACUUCCUUAGAACAAUCACUGGUUCAUGGUGGGGAGCACACCCAGAAUCCUUAAUAUGCUUGUUCAGAACCACUAUAUUAUCAGUAUUGGAAUACGGCAGUUUUUGCUUCAAGGAAUCCGCUGACACUCACCUUAUCAAACUAGAAAGAAUUCAGUAUCGAUGCCUCCGAAUAGCGAUGGGUAGCAUGCAUUCUACACACACAAAGAGUCUCGAAAUUCUAGCUGGAGUGCUUCCUUUAAAAUGUAGAUUUUUAGAACUUUCAUUAAGAUUCCUCAUCCGCUCAGAAAUCAAGAAUCCGCAUAUAAUAAAUAAUUUUGAACAAAUGCUCCAGUUGAACCCUCGGUCGAAGUAUCUGCGAACCUACCUUCUUUUCAAAGAGCAGGACGUAAAACCUGUUGAUCUCUCUUCUCAACUUGUCAACAUCGACAUGAGAUGCGAUCACGUUACGUUCGACCUUACAAUGAAAGAAGAAAUACGCAACAUCCCAUGUGUUAUGAGAUCUAAAGUGAUACCAGCUUUGUUCGCCAAUAAAUACGGCCAGAUAGACACCCACCAGCAGAUAUACACUGAUGGAUCCAGCAUCCAUGGAGGUACAGGAUUUGGUAUCGUACAUGGUUCAUACACGGAAUUCUUCAAACUGAACAACCCUUCAACAGUAUUUGUGGCAGAAUUGGCGGCAAUUAAUCAAGCUCUUCAACUCAUCGAAAGACUCCCAACAAACACCUAUUACAUUUUUACUGAUAGUCUUAGCUCAAUGGAAGCUGUGAAAUGCUUCAGACACAAAGGUCAACACACGUAUUUCCUCAAAGAAAUUCGAAAACAGCUAACUUUACUAGGGUCAAGAGCGUACGGGAUUUCUUUUGUGUGGGUACCAUCACAUUGUAGCAUUCCUGGGAAUGAAAAGGCUGAUGGGCUGGCCAAAAAGGGUGCUAUCGAAGGGGAAGUAAUCGACAGACCCAUUGCGUAUCACGAGUAUUUUCAACUAGCUAAACAACUGACCCUUUCAGAAUGGCAGAAUCAAUGGAACAAUAGCGACAAAGGAAGACUACUCUAUACAAUUUUACCUAAGGUUAACACUAAACCGUGGUUCAAAGGACUGGACUUGACACGAGACUUCAUUCGGGUGAUAUCCCGUCUAAUGGCAAAUCACUACAAAUCGAACGCUCACCACUAUAGGAUAAACAUGUCAGACACAAAUCUAUGCGGGUGUAAAACGGGAUACGACGAUAUUGAUCACAUAGUGUGGUCAUGUCCACAACAUAACGACACAAGACCGAAACUGAUAUCCUCACUUCGACAAAGCGGACGAACACAGACACUCAUUCGAGACAUAUUGGCAAAGCAAGAUCUAUACUAUUUAAAAAUCUUAUAUGAAUUUAUUAAAACUAGUAAUAUUCAAUUAUAGUAUCGAAGUAGAAACAUCUUUAUUAAAAACUAUCUUUGUACCUGAUCCCUAUUCCUUAUACUUACUUUCUCCAUAUACUUCUCUUCCCUUGCUAUGAGCUAACGCUCGUACUAGGUUAUUCAACUCUAUCACCAAGGUGCGCAGCUAUGAAGAUGACUUCAACCACCAUAGAACACCAGCCCAAGGAUCCUCCAGGCAGAGGUCAGACGAGCCCUUUGGUCAGAACUACGAAGAUCUCUAAUGAACGUACCAACAUUCAUACUUCAAAAUGAAAUAAAAUCAACGAAAGGUUCUCGGCAAUGGUCAACAUAUUUCAAAGCAAAGCUUUAUGAAAAUCAGAAUAAAUUAAAACCAUUUGUCACUGUAAGCAAACAUAAUUAGUACGGUCAUCCUCAGCAGCGCUUCCGAAAAAAGAGGCAACCGAAAUUCCAAGGCAAACAGAAAUAAAAAAAACUUAUCGCUUCCGGGCCGCGCAAACCAUCAUUAUCAUCAGUGCAUUCAUCCGGUCACUCCUCGGAAAUAGUACUAUCGAGACGAAAAAGACAGGGACAGCAAAAAAAAAGUUCACUUUAUCAGUAAAGCGUACCAUCCACCAAUUCCCAACUCAUUCCUCGUCCCUCGGAAAGACGCACCCAGAAGCUGCUAACUGACCUGCUCGUUGGGGAAUGGCCGCAGCACCGGGAAGUCCACGCUCCGGAGAUGAGUCUUCCGAAAGUGAAAACGAAACCGAACCGGCCAAAAUUUUCCACCGGAAGCUGUCAACCAAGCGGGAUGCCAAAUCGGCGGCCGCCACCAAGGAAGGAUACCUGAUGAAGCAAACAUGGUCGUUCCAGCGAUGGCGACGGCGCUACUUUCGGCUCAAAGGUCACAAGCUCUACUACGCCAAGGAUAGCAAGAGUGAGCUUUUCGAUGAAAUCGACCUCUCCAACCUGUGUUUUGCCGAGUGCAGUACCAAGAAUGCGAACCACAGCUUUCAGUUAAUAACACCGACCCGCUCGCUUGUGCUGUGUGCUGAGAAUCGUCGCGAGAUGGAAGACUGGUUGCACGCCUUGAAGGCCGCCUCCUCCAGGGAGUUCUUCGAACCGGGCCCUCCGGAUCAGCAUGAUUUCCUCUCUGGACAUCACAAUUGGUACGCGACUUCCCACGCCCGGCCAACCUACUGCAACGUGUGCCGCGAAGCGCUUUCCGGCGUAACCUCUCACGGAUUAUCCUGCGAAGUCUGCAAAUGCAAGGUGCACAAACGAUGUGCCGCCAAAGCAAUAUCCAACUGCAAAUGGACCACCCUCGCUUCGGUCGGGAAGGACAUCAUCGAGGAUCUGGACGGGAACAUCGUUAUGCCGCACCAGUGGAUGGAAGGAAACCUGCCGGUGUCCUCCAAGUGCAUGGUCUGCGACAAAACUUGCGGUUCGGUGAUGCGCCUGCAGGACUGGCGCUGUCUCUGGUGCCGCUCGACUGUCCACACCGCCUGUCGACCCCAGGCUCAGGUGGGUUGCCCCCUCGGACCGGCAAGGGUUUCCGUCGUUCCGCCCACCUCGCUCCAUUCCAUCGGCAUCGAUGACGCGUGGGACGUUUGCAAACCGCACGGAAGCUUCUCGCCACUGCUGGUAUUCGUAAAUUCUAAAUCCGGUGACAAUCAGGGCGUCAAAUUUUUGCGACGCUUCAAGCAGCUGCUCAAUCCGGCCCAGGUGUUCGAUCUGAUCUCGACCGGUCCCGGGCUCGGGUUGCGGCUGUUCCGACACUUCGACCCGUUCCGGAUACUGAUCUGCUCCGGGGACGGAUCCGUCGGAUGGGUGCUCAGCGAAAUCGAUCAAUUAAAUAUGCAGAAACAAUGCCAAAUAGCGGUGCUUCCACUCGGAACCGGAAACGACCUGGCCCGGGUACUCGGCUGGGGAAGUUCCUGCGACGAUGAUGCGCACCUGCCGCAGUUGCUGGAGCGCUACGAGAAGUCCAGCACCAAGAUGUUGGAUCGCUGGAGCGUGAUGGUGUUCGAGCGGGACAUCGGCCUGGCUGCCCCAAUGCCGGUCCCGACCCGGACCCCCAAGAUGUCGAUCUCGCACCAUCCGGAUCCGGUGCUGUUCCAGUACGAGGACGAAGCCCUCGGGCAUCUGCAGUCAAUUGUGACCAACAACGACGACAACGGGGCCGCGGCGCUGCUCCAGUCGACUCGAGAACUGUGCGGAACGGUCAACGACUUUAUCACUAGAGUAAGGGAAAAUAGCUCCGACGAAGAGCAAUUAAGCAUCAAAUGUGAUAUUUUAAGACAAAAAUUAGGUAUGUUUUUAGAUACUCUGAAGGAAGAAGAAGCUGGUCUUCAUGGUGACGACGAAUUAUUCCGAACAUUGAAAGAAAUUGCUCAAAAAAGUGCCUCAGAAAGACCAAUUGAUACGAAAUCGACGACGAUAGAGAAAAACGAAAAAGACAAACUGAAUUCCAAGGAACGAACCAGCAGACAGGACCGUCGCUCGGAGAAGGAAGCACUGCUCUGUAGGGCCAACAGCUUGAAGCGGGCCAUACAGGACGUGAUGAAGUGUAGUGAGUCAAGUAUGUUCUACGUGCCCCCGAAGCGGAUGUCGAUAUCGUUUAACACUCGAGAGGGCUCUCCAGGAGCUUCGCCCAUUCCAGUAUCGUUGCAACACACGAUGGCAACGAUUUCACCAUCAGUGUCCACCUCUAGACUAACCUGCAUAUCUCCACUUCCGGAUGUUCGUCGGGAUUCGAUGGAUGACCAAUUCUUCAGCAAUCUGAGCCUACCGGUUCCGAAACAAUUCGCUGACGGUGGCAGUCGUCGAAGCUCCGGAAUACCCGAAAACUACCGGAUAUCCAGCAUCGAAGAACUUGAAGAAAACAGCGUCCAUACCGAACCCAAAACCAACCACAUUCCGGAGAUUAUCGAUCCACAUGCUUUCAAAGACUGCGACGAAGACUGCGGAGACAAUCAAGGGAAAGACGAUAAAGACGAUACACUGAACCAGAAAUCAACGACAACGACCACCUCAGACUCACAAUCUACCACGGCUCCGUAUGAUUUCUCCUUCGAAUCGGACACCAAGACGGUCAAGUUCGAUCUGGAAGCUAGCGGAGCCUUCGAGCGACUCGGCUUCAAACCCUUCAAGAAAGCACUGGAACAGCACCAGCACAAGAUACAUCAGGUGAACAAAGCGGACACCGGGCUGCUGCACUUUCAACCCAUAGAAGUAUACGAACGGAAUCUCUACCGGAAUCAGCAACGAAGAAGCUCCCUCGGUGGUCGGGGCUUGAACGCUUCUAACAUGGAACAUCAAUCGUCUAAGGUAGGCUGUAAUAUGCUGCAGGUGCCCAGCAUUUGUCUACCGAGUUUGGAGAAGCCACCGGAAAACAUGUACUUCAGCGAAAACAUCACUAUCAUCGAUACGGAUAUGCCGCAAGAGCGAUCUUCAUCCGAUGAGGCGCCUGGAGAAGCAAGUGACGUUCUUUCAGCAAUCAGCAACGAAGAAUGUAGUGUCACGUCGGAAAUUCUGGAUCGUCCUCCGGAGCAUCACAACUCGCAGCUGCACAUAGCCGAUUUGAUUCAGGACCUAGACACCGAUCGCUUCAGCCACAUCGAUUCACCCGAAACGAGUGACACUACCGAUGCGCUACACGGCGAAAGCCUAAUGGAUGACAUCAGCUCAGUUUUGGGUCAAGACCUUCUAGGAGCCCUACAGGACAACACCAUCACCGAGGACACGACCACCCUGUGCACCCUGGAUCACACCAAGCGACGAAGUUUCAAGAACAAGCAGAAACAACAGCAGCAGCAACAGCAACAACGAAAGGGAAGCAUCGAAUUGGAUCAGUUCGGGUUCGAGAACAGAGUCUUCGACAUCGACAAUCGCUGCGACGAUCAGAAGGUUCGAGAGCCGAGGUACUGCAGCUUGGCAAAGUUUGUCGAGGGUAAUGACAUUGCGCGGAAGAGUUUCAAGAAACCGGCUGGAAGGGGUCCUCCAUCGAGAAGUUUGGCCAGUAGAGCGUUUCAAAUGUUAGAGAAUGAGUAUGAAAAUACUAAGAGUUUGGCAGCCAGUUUGCUCCAACCUCAUGGAUCACCGUCGGAUGUUUCAGCCUCGGAAACGGAUACCGUAAGAUCGUCUGGGAUUGAAUAUCGUAAGCUUAGUUCCGGGGCUACUAACCCAGAUGAGGAUAGUUUGUCAGAGGUGGACAAUAAGGACGACGAUCGCUCGGAUGAUUCCGAAGGGGCAGUUGGAGGUGGAUUGGAAGACGACGAUGAUGAUGAUGAUGACGACGAAGACAAACAUCAUUCUUUCGGUAUGCCCAAUAUACCGACAAUCAAUGUAGUUGUUGAGCCACCUUCACCAGCAAUGAGCGAUGAGAUACGAUCUUUACGGGUUCCGGAAAUUCGGCGGCACUCAAGCCAUACCCCAAAUACCCUGGCACCCAGAGAAAUAGACAUCAACCGUAGGCAUUCCGGUAAUAACCCGAACCUGCUAGGAUUGGAUUCGGAACACAUCCGGUUCCUAAACUGUUCACCAGCAGCUUCCAGACGGAUCAGCAGUGGAAGUUUGAUGUUCAAGCCGGAAGCUUUGGGAACGUCAAAGAGCAAUAUUCUUGGUUCGAAUUUGGGUCUGUUCAACUUCGACCGAGAUGCUGAAAGCAAGGAGGAAGCCAAAAAGAAGAAAGAAGAAAAAGAAGAGAGAAACAAGAAACUACCUAUUAUCAAUCCACUGGUUCGGCUGCCUUCGUGGCCGAAUGUGAGCACUGGGUUUAUUUCAAAAUGUUUACUAGCCAAUGCGGAUACUCUAUGCGCAGCUGUUAGUCCCUUGAUGGAUCCGGAUGAAACCCUCAUGGAAGGCUACUCUGAAAAAGCAGUGAUGAACAACUACUUUGGGAUUGGAAUAGAUGCAAAGAUAUCCCUGGAUUUCCAUCUGAAGCGCGAAGAACACCCGGAAAAAUGUCGAUCCCGAGCGAAGAACUACAUGUGGUACGGAGUGUUGGGAUCGAAGCAGUUGGUCCAGCGAACCUACAAGAAUCUGGAACAAAAAGUUCAGCUGGAGUGUGACGGUCAACGAAUUCCUCUGCCAUCAUUGCAAGGUAUCGUAGUACUGAACAUACCGAGCUUCAUGGGAGGCACCAACUUCUGGGGCAACAAAAAGGUGGACGAUUGUUUCCUGGAGCAAAGUUUCGACGAUAAAAUCCUGGAAGUGGUAGCCGUUUUCGGGUCAGUUCAGAUGGCUGCAUCCCGUUUGAUAAACCUGCAACACCACCGGAUUGCCCAGUGUCAUAGCAUUCAGAUUAACAUAUUGGGUGAGGAGUGCGUUCCAAUUCAAGUCGAUGGAGAAGCCUGGCUACAACCACCGGGUAUGAUUCGGAUCAUCCACAAAAAUCGGGUCCAAAUGCUGUGCCGAAACCGCAGCCUGGAGAUGUCCCUCAAAACGUGGCAGGUAAAACAGCGGCAGCACAGCAUCUCCCUGUCCCGAGAGCCUCCGUCAACAGGUUCCGAGCAUCUCGUAGCACUCUCCGAAGAUAUUUUCUCUGAAAGGGAAACCUAUCUGUUGCUGAAUUUCAUCGAAUGCGUUAGCACCCUGGUCAAGUGGGUCAAGUUCCUGAUCAUAUCGCAUCCCUCGCUACAGCCGGACCUCUACGCUAAAGCUUCGAAGACGGCCGACGCGCUGGAGUCGAUUCACCCCGGUGGAAAGAUCAUCGAAGGGCCUAACUUGAGGCGUCAGUUGACGGAUUUGGUACGAGCUUCAAGGCAGCUGUACGAGGACACGUGUGAUUUGCUACGGGAGCGUAGUCACAGUUUGAUCUUGAGGGAAGAUUUGGAGACCAAGUUGAGCGUAUCGUUGGCCAAUAUGGAGAUGGAACUGGGCAAGUGUAGUUUGCAGCAGACCAACAACGGAGAGACCAAGGUUUAUCUGAACGUGCUAGCUCCCAAUGAGGAGGUAGAUCAUCGCAAGAAGCAGAAACCGUUCUGGUUACGUUUCCGGGGUCAUCACGGGCAUGGCCAGGGAGUGGGAGCGGCUGCCUCGACCACCGAGCGAGAUACCGUCAGUGCUUGGGGAGUUGGGGAAGUUGUCACCUGGCUGGAAGCCAUGCAAUUGUCAGAGUAUGUUGACAGUUUUAUCAAGAACGACAUUCGAGGCAAGGAGCUGCUAACGUUGGCUCGCCGGGAUCUGAAGGAUCUGGGAGUCACUAAGGUGGGUCACGUGAAGCGUAUCCUGCAGGCCAUCAAAGACCUUGGUGGCGCAAGUGUUUAGGAAGUUUGAUAGGUGAGAUUAGUGGGUUAGAUAAAAAAAGAGGCUAAAUUAUAUCUGAUAUAUUGUUUUAGUAGUGUUGUACUCGAACUUAAGUGCUAGUAUAAUUCGUGGGUAACGAAAGCAAUCUAUCCGAGAGUCUUGGUUCAAACGGUGAAGUAAUGUUUGAAGCAUAACUUAGUUCUACGAAUAAUUGUAGAAUCAUUGAAUCAAUUCUUGAGUAGAAAAACAUUUAAGAUACAAACUAAAUAAACUGCUUUAGAUCUGACAAUUUCAAAAAAAAAAAAAAAAAAUUACCCAUCAUCGACAAAAUAUAAAUCAGAGGUUUUAUUUCAACUCAAAUUUUGAACCUAGACUCGCGGGAUAGAUUCAAUCUUAAGCAGUUGUCGAAAAACACAAACAUUUAGAAGAUGAGUUAAUGCAAUCGAUUAACGUUUUGUAAAACUACCGAGAAAGCUUUUACAUUCAACCGCAACAAACGCGAUACUCGAAGACUAUGUUCUCUCUCCCUAUGUUGAGAAGUUUUCGGUUGCUACAAGACAUCAUAAAAUGUUCCAAUAGGCAAAGACGAGAUACGAUCAAUGUGAUUCGUGUAAGUUCCAGUAGGAUUGGGCGUGGUAGAUUCCAAAAAUGACUAUAAAAUGAGAUAAAUUACUAAGAGAUGGUCUAAUGUUGGAUAAUUUGUAAAAUCCAUCUCUUCUACGAAUUAGAUGUUUACAAAUAAACGACAAAGCAAAGAAAAAUACAUGAAGUCAAUAAGAAAUAACGAUUACACUUAUUCAAGAUAAAUGAUCUGACUACAUUUACACACGAAUAAAAUAAAAAAGCAGUUAUGUGAAUAAUCUCUUCACACAAAAAACUUUAACUAAAUGUAAGUGAUAACUUAAGAAACGCUACCAGUUGUUGAUAAGAUAAAAUGUUUCCGUUUACACUGACUGAGAGCAAGUGCUAGGGUAGAUUUGGGAAGAUAAGAGCCCCCGCAAUGAGGUGAACUCUGAGAGGAUUUGAGAUUUAACUAUUGAAGAAAAAAAAUUAGAACAAAAAAAAGUGAAAUACUAGUCAACUCCUGAAAGUAUACCUCAUUGCAGUCAUUCUGACCUUUUUCUCCUCUCUCAUGACUCUGUUCUCGUCUCGCUCCUUCGUUGAAACAAAUUGAGUGUAACAUUAAAUAUACAAAUUUAAACAUUGAACAAAAUAAAAUAAAAUAAAAUUACAUCCAUCAAUUCUAAAACGAAACUUAAAAAACCAUUCAAACUUUAAAACAGAACACUAAUAUCCUUAUAACACAUAUGAUCAAAGCGUAAAACAAAAGUGUUAGUAUAUUUUCGAACAAAGCAAAACAAAAAAAAACGAAAAGCAGAAUUUGCCGAUUUGUGUUCCUACUUUAGUGCUGUUGAGUGUCUAUUAUGUGCAAAACUCUAUCGAAUAGAUGAAGAUCCAAAGUAACAAUUAUACACUUUAAAAGCUGUUAUACAAGUAUUGCAAUUAUUCAUUCACUCAAAACAGUUUACGAAAAAGAAAUAAGAUUCAACCAAGAACUUGGAACAGUUGGAAGCAAACAACCCUGGGUAAGAGAACAAAAAAAAAAACAAAUCAAUUUAAGCAGUAAAUCUUCGUAGGCAAUUUAAGAAGUGUUAAACAUUAUUCCUUUUAGAAAUCAAUUAUCACGAAAUCAUUGAUAUUAUUAUUGUAGCGUUUAGUCCCGUCUUGCUGAGGGAGAAAAAAAAACGGAAAAA